AAGGGAUUCCUCGAGCGAGAGAAACGAAACCUAAGCAUCCUGCGCUUCCUGGAGGGGAGAGAUGGCUGACGCUCCUGCUUCGAAACCGGCCUUCAAGCCCAAACCCCGGAGGCCUGUCUGUGCCCUGUGCCAGGGGCCCUACAGAACUGCCGUGGCCGUCGCAGGACAGAAAUUGUGCCGUUUCUGUUUUUCUCGCAUGAAGAGGGAGGCCGCAGCCAGCGGGCCUUCCCCGAAGGCUGACGGGGAGGAGAAAGGAGAGCAGGAGAGAGGAACUGGGGAAGAGGAGGAAUUUCAGAGUCUAUGUGAGGAGCACCAAGAAGACCUGACAUGGUUCUGCACGAAGGACAAGGCUCUCCUAUGCGAGACCUGCAAGGCCUCAGAGGUUCACGCCUCUCACUCCGUGGUGCCUGUUGAAGAUGCUGCCCAGGAAUACCAGGGGAAGCUGCAGCGUGCCGUAUCUUUGCUCACUCGACAACUGGAAGAGUCUUUGGAGCAGAAAUACAAGGAAGGGAAGAAAACAGCUGCGUGGAAGGACAAGGUGCAUAGUCAGAAGGAGCGGGUGGAGAACGAGUUUGCAAAGCUGUACAACUUCCUGGUUGAGGAAGAGGAGGAACUCUUGCAGAGGCUGAAGGCAGAGGAGAGGCAGACCCUGAAGAGGCUGCAUAUGAAUUUAACCCAACUCUCAAAGCAAAACUCCUCGCUGAAGCAGCUGGUUAAGGAGAUCAAGUCGAAGAGCCAGAAGGCACCUGCUGAACUUUUGAAGGAUGUGGAGAAUGUGUUAGCAAGGGCGGAAAACGUGACCCUGUUCGAGCCGCAAGUCGUUCCUACUGAACUGAAGAACGUUUACAACAUUCCUUGCCUUGACAUUAUUCAGAUCUUAACAAAAUUCAAAGUGGACGUGUCUCUGGAUCCAGCCACAGCGCAUCCAAGUCUUCUGCUCUCCAGAGACAGGAAACGUGUGGAAUACAGAGGAUCCUGGCAGCUGCGGCCUCCAGAUGACGACAACAACACAGAGAGAUUUGACACUUAUGUCCUCGUUCUGGGCUCCGAGGCGUUCACCUCCGGGAGGCACUACUGGGAGGUCGAAGUGGGAGACAGCCCAGAAUGGGACCUGGGGGUUUGUAGGGAAACGGUGAGCAGGAAAGGGCAGCGAAUCAUUUUCUCCCCCAUAAGUGGGUACUGGAGGCUGUGGCUUCGGAAGGGAGGCCAGUACAAGGCCUUGAUUUCCUGCCCUACGCUGCUCCCCGUGAACACAAGGCCAAAGCGGGUGGGAGUUUUCCUGGACUAUUCCGAAGGGGAGGUUUCCUUUUACAAUGUGACUGAGAGGACCCACAUCUACACAUACAUCGGGACCUUCUGUGGCCCCCUGCGGCCCUUCUUCAGCCCCAGCCGCCAACAGAAUGAGGCAAAUGGGGCCCACCCCUUGCUGAUCCGUCCUGGCCCAAAAGGCAACACUACCAGAAGUAAGGAGGAGCAAAAAACGGCUACCUCUGCACUAAACUAGAGCUUCUCCCAACCCGUGUCAUUCAUGUUGAUUCAAACAGUAAAAGGUAGCCAUUGUCCUGCUUGCCAGCUGCCCCCCCCCCAACAUCCCCUCCUGUCUUCACCUCUAUCCUGAUUGACAGGUAGGCUGCCCCACUGUUGCAUGGUCUUGCAGCCCCCCUAAUUAUCGUCCCUCGCUUUUGAUAUG